UUCUAAAUAACAGGAAGAGGAAGCGCGUCGCUCCGCGCGCAUGCGCAGUACAGCGGCGACGGGCGGCGUGAUCUGGACGUUGGUGUGAGGACCGGGAUCUCAUCAUGGAUUUCCAGCACAGAGCCGGAGGGAAAACCGGCAGCGGCGGCGUCGCCUCAUCGUCCGAAAGCAACCGAGACCGGCGUGAACGCCUGCGACAGCUGGCCUUAGAGACCAUAGACAUCAAUAAAGACCCGUACUUCAUGAAGAACCACCUGGGCUCCUACGAGUGUAAACUGUGUCUCACGCUGCACAACAACGAGGGAAGUUACCUCGCUCACACACAGGGCAAAAAGCAUCAGACCAACUUAGCAAGACGAGCUGCGAAAGAGGCGAAGGAAGCGCCAGCUCAACCUGCUCCAGAGAAAGUCAAGGUUGAAGUGAAGAAGUUUGUGAAGAUCGGGAGACCGGGUUAUAAAGUUACUAAACAAAGAGAUCCAGAGAUCGGACAGCAGAGUCUGCUUUUCCAGAUUGAUUACCCAGAGAUAGCAGAAGGUAUCGGGCCGAGGCAUCGCUUCAUGUCGGCGUAUGAGCAGAGAAUCGAACCUCCGGACCGUCGCUGGCAGUAUCUGCUGUUCGCAGCCGAGCCGUACGAAACCAUCGCCUUCAAGGUUCCCAGUCGAGAGAUCGAUAAAGCAGAGACUCGUUUUUGGACACACUGGAAUAGGGAAACGAAGCAGUUCUUCCUGCAGUUUCACUUUAAGAUGGAGAAAGCUCUGGGUGCUCCACCGGGUCCACCGCCAUCGCUCGGCAUGAAGCGUCCUCCUUCACUGAUCACUGGACUCAUUCCACAUCCACACAGUGACUCCAUGCCCCCCCCGCCGGGAGGAAUGCAUGGGAUGCCCCCCAGAGCCCCCAUGCCCCCACAUAUGCCCCCCUCAGGAGCCCUUCCUCCUCACCUGAGGCCGCCGCUCCCUAUGGACGCCUAGCUUCAAUGACUUUACUUGAAGCGUUUACAUAUAAUGCAUUGUAAAAGUGUGC